AUAAUGGUGGGCAUGAAUAUCCUGACAGAUGCUCUCAAGACCAUUAACAAUGCUGAGAAGAGAGGCAAACGCCAGGUUCUUAUUAGGCCAUGCUCCAAAGUCAUCAUCAGAUUUCCGACUGUGAUGAUUAAGCAUGGUUACAUUGGUGAAGUUGAAAUCAUCGAUGAUCACAGAGCUCGGAAAAUUGUUGUGAACCUCACAGGCAGGUUAAACAAGUGUGGGGUGAUCAGCCCCGAGUUUGAUGUACAAGUCAAAGAUCUAGAAAAAUGGCAGAAUAAUCUGCUCCCGUCCCGCCAGUUUGGUUCCUUUGUACUGACAACCUCAGCUGGCAUCAUGGACCAUGAAGAAGCAAGGCGAAAACACACAGGAGGGAAAAUCCUGGGAUUCUUUUUCUAGGGAUAUAAUACAUUCAUACAAACAAAAU